GGCUAAUCCGGAAGUAAACGGCAUCGAGCGUUAAUUGACUUGACGUCUAAGCAAGCUAAUGCUAAGGUGCUAAUGUUAUCACAGCUCUUUUUUUUUUUUUAAUUUAAACGCUAAAAAGUAACCUUAUAAGAGUACUAUUUAUAGUGGACGUAGCAAAGCUGCACCUGCACCUGCACCUGCUUUCCAAACUGAUGUAUAGCCUGCUGCCUUCAUCGAAUCCUCAGGAGAAGUGAGUCAUCCAUGUUAAACACAUCAGAAGCUGCGGUGGGUCUGUCAAAAGCGGCAAGUAUGCAAAGACAGACCGUGGCCAGGGAAGAAGAGGACCGCCGCCUGCUUGGCUCCCUGGCCUGGGACGCCUCUGCUGGCAUAAGCCGGCGGGCGUCCAGUGGCGAGCUCCAGCUGCCCCGCGCCUUCCCGGUCACGCACUCCCGGGAGAAGUUCUACACUGUUUGUUCCGACUACGCACUGCUCAACCGGGCGGUGAGAAAGCAAGACGACGGGGACAAUGCCGCCCGAGACUUCCAGUCAGCGGAGGCCUGCGUGGUUUCCGACAGCGAUUGCGACAUGGAAGAUCUGACAGGCGGCGUGGAUGCCAAGACUACGCUGGCGUGGGAGAUCGACACCACUGACUUCAAGGCGGUUCUCACGCGCAAAAUCAGGAAGGGCGUGGUGAAGUGCAGCAGCAAGAAAAUGAAGUCAGACCGAGCUAGCCGGAACCUUCAGGACAUGCUGCCUGACCCCACGCUGGAAGAUGUCAAGCAGAGGAAAGUUCUCGACCUCCGAAGAUGGUAUUGCAUUAGCCGGCCUCAGUACAAGACGUCGUGCGGGAUCUCGUCGCUGGUGUCCUGCUGGAACUUCCUGUAUAGCACAUUAGGCGCAGGAAGUCUGCCGCCCAUCUCCCAGGAGGAGGCGCUACACAUCUUGGGCUACCAGCCGCCCUUCGAUGACAUCAAGUUCGGGCCCUUCACGGGCAACGCCACCCUCAUGCGGUGGUUCCGGCAAAUCAACGACCACUUCCACGUGCGAGGCUGCUCGUACAUCCUGUACAAGCCGCACGGGAAACACAAGACUGCGGGAGAGACUGCAGAGGGAGCCUUGGCCAAGCUAAUGCUGGGUCUGAGGGACGACACCAUGGCCUACGUCUACCACUGCCAGAACCAUUACUGCUGCCCCCUCGGAUUUGAGGCCACGCCCCUCAAAGCAGCCAAGGCAUAUCGGGGUCCUCUGCCCACCAACGAGACGGAACACUGGAUUCUGAUUGGAGAACCCAGCAGGAAGCACGCAGCCAUCCACUGUAAAAAGUGGGCGGAUAUAGUCACCGACCUCAACACCCAGAAUCCGGAAUAUUUGGACAUCCGCCACAUGGAGAAGGGCAUCCAGAGGCGCGCCACCAAAAAAGUGGGUGGCAACCUGCACUGCAUCAUGGCCUUCCAGCGGGUCAACUGGCAGAAACUGGGCCCCUGGGCCCUCAACCUGGAAAACCUGCGGCAUGCGGGCAGUGAGGCUGAAGAAACUAAGCGCCUUGCUCAGCUGGGACGCUCGCAAAGCACGGGCAGCCAGAAGGACGCCUGGUGGCGCAUGUCCAACACAGCAGAUAACAAACAGAAGAGCUUGCCCGACAGCGACGGGGACAAUGGCGACUGAACAUGAGGACAACAAACGUGAGGGCUGACGAACUGAUGGCUAAAACGAUUUCCUCUGGCAAAAAAAUACAUAUUUGGAAGUUCAUGAACGCGAAUGACAUUGAAUUCAUACAUAACAAAUACUAGUUAGAUGCAGUGCUUAAUUUAUUCUUUGUACAAACCAGAUAGAUGUCCCGCCCAAAACAGUUUGUGUUUGCGUUUCCCCGAUUAAUUAAAAACGAUACAUUUGAAAUGAUAUUUUUAGUGUUAGAUUUCCAAGUCCGCUUCCUUCUCCAUUGGGUGUAAGUGUCGUCUCAGCUCGCCAAUUUCUUCUGGACGAAUGCGGCAGCAACCACCUGACCGGACAGAAACAUUUUAACGAUGUGAAUGUCAAAUUUCAUCCAGUUCUGUGGUGAAAAAGUUUUUUCUUAUGUAGUGAUUUGAUAGUGAAGUCAGUGUGUAAAUAAACAUUCUAUAUAAUCAUUUUA